AUCGUCUCGACUGCAGUCAUGGCGGUGUUGCGCUCGCUGUUGCCUCUCGUUUUCCUCUCGCUUGCGUUUGCCCUUCCUUCUCCUGAACAGCUUCCUCUUGGUGGUGACACGAGCUAUGCACACAUCGCUGGUGGUCUCUCGGGCGGGGCCAUCAGUGAGCUCAAGCACGUCGCACACGACACGGUUGAGAACGCGAAGACCGGCGUGCACAAAUGGCUUGAUGUCUUUGGCACGUCGCGCGUAGAGCAGAAUGGGAUUGUCUACGAGCUCGUGUCACACCCUGCAUUCGAGCAUUAUCAGUUGAGGGUCACAGAGCCGGACCUAUGCGACUCGACCGUGCAACAGUAUUCUGGGUAUCUGGAUAUCGCGGAAGACAAGCACCUAUUCUUCUGGUUCUUCGAGGCUCGCAUCAACCCAUCGGAGGCCCCUCUGCUUCUCUGGCUUAACGGGGGACCCGGUUGCUCUUCGUCCACUGGUCUUCUGUUUGAACUGGGCCCUUGCUCGGUUACCGAGGACGGCACGAACGUCACUUACAAUGAGUACUCGUGGAACACCCAUGCGAAUGUCAUCUUCCUCGACCAGCCAGUCGAUGUCGGUUUCUCAUAUGCUGACCAAGGCACUUCCGUCAACACUAGCCCCGUCGCAGGCAAGGACGUCUAUGCGUUCCUCGAGCUGUUCUUGGGGCGCUUCUCGAAAUAUGCGGACGCUCCGUUCCACAUUGCAGCUGAGAGCUACGGCGGGACGUACGCACCGAACAUUGCCUCUGUCAUCCAUGCAGAGAACAAGGUUCUUGCUCAUGCGCAGGCACAGUCGAACGCCGUCCCUGGCCUUCUUCACAUCAAUCUUGCAUCUGUAAUGCUUGGCAAUGGCCUGACGGAUCCGUACGUGCAAAUGGCGAGUGUACCCGAUUGGGCGUGCGAAGGUCCCUAUCCAGUCUACGAUGACUCCGAUGGCGUAGAGUGUCAGGCGCUGAGGUCGAAGGUCCCGACUUGUCAGAGACUGCUCAAGAGCUGCUAUGAGUUCAACUCGCGUCUGACGUGCGUACCGGCGCUACUGUAUUGCAAUAGCCAGAUCAUGGGCCCCCUCGUCCAACUCGGCUACAACCCUUAUGACGUUCGCCGGAAGUGUGAUCGUACCAAGGACGGUGAUCUCUGCUACCGACAGAUGUCGUGGAUCGACACGUGGAUGAACCAGCCGGCGGUCAAGAAAGCGCUCGGUGUUGAUCCGUCGCGCGAGUUCGAGAGCUGCAACAUGCAGGUCAACCAAGCAUUCGCCCUCCAGGGAGACGGUGCGCACAACAGCGCGAAGCUCCUUCCGGAGCUCAUCGAAGAUGGCGUCAGGUUGCUCGUCUACGCCGGCAACGCAGACAUGAUGUGCAAUUUCAUGGGCAAUGAGCGCUGGGUAGAGGCGUUGGAUACCAAGUUCCAUGACGAGUUCAGUGCGAAGAAGUCUGUGCCGUGGGUGACGACGGACACUGGCGCGAUUGCCGGUAUGGUGCGUAGUGCAGGCGGAGGGGGGUCCUCAGCCGGGAACGUCACCUUUGUCGCUGUACAUGAAGCAGGACAUAUGGUUCCUUACGACCAACCUGAGGCUGCUUUGGACCUGGUCACGAGAUGGCUGUUUGAUAUCCCGUUGUCAUUGAACGCAUCCGCAUCCGAAGUCUUCUUAGGUUGA